UUACACCUGGUGCGUGCAAUACGGAGGCCUAUCUCACAGCCGAACUUUUUCUUUUCCCUCUUUCCUCUACGCAUACGUUGCUUCCUCGACGCACAAAAACACUCUCAUCUCCCCCGCUCUCUACUGUUUGUAAGAGGUUGGGGGGCAAUGGCCAGCGUACGAAGCAAUCUUGUUCUAAAGGAGUUCUGCCAAAUCUCCCCAUUCCUGAGGUCUAGCUGGGCGAUUUUGCCCAUACCGAUCCGCGUCCACAUCGGAAUCGGCCGCGUCCGCUGCGCCGCCGCGGGAUCCGGCGAUGGGGGGAAGAAGGUGUCUGCUCGCCUAUCUAUGAUGCAACAAAUCCUUCAGGAUGCUGAAGAGAGGGCUCUCUCGGCCGGCUCCGAGCCCACCCCUAAGAUUACAGUGGACCACGUCACUGUUAGCUUUGCAAGAAGUGGGGGGCCUGGUGGUCAAAAUGUAAAUAAAGUGAACACUAAGGUAGACAUGCGCUUCAAUGUUAAACAAGCACAUUGGCUUAGCGAAAGAGUCAGGGAGAGAAUACUUCAAAUGGAAAAAAAUCGUAUCAACAAGGAUGGGGAGAUUGUAAUUUCAUCAACAAAGACAAGAACACAAAAGGGUAACAUUAAUGAUGCACUGGAGAAACUGCAGGCUAUAAUAGAUGCGGCCUCGUAUGUUCCACCACCUCCUUCAGAAGAGCAAAAGAAAAAGAUAGAAAAAUUGGCUGCUAUUGGAGAACAGAAGAGGAUACAGAACAAGAAAGCUAUCUCACAGAAAAAGGCAAUUAGGAGAAACAAAGAGAGUUGGGAUUGACCCUAAGGUUGAAUAUGCAAGGGGUUUGCUAGAGAAGUUGAUGGAUCCAUGUUGUUAGUUAAUAAAUACACUCCAUGGAAGUGAGUUGCUGAAAUUAUUACAAGAAACAUGUGCUUUAGUUGGUGAGUCUUUUUCGAUGCAUGUAAACUAGUAAAAUCUUUCUGCACGAUGGUCCAAUUUAUGUAAAUGAUCAUUCAUCCAUCUUUCUUACCAGCAAGUUCAUCUCACCAUGGCUGUUACUGAAUUACAUGUGAAUUAUAAGGCAUCAUACAAAUGGAUUUGGUGUUAUGACCAUAUGCUGGAAAUAUGACCAUAGACUGAACCAAUUUGAUAAUGUUUUAGGCUUUAAUUUUUUAUUUUAAUAAAUUUAGUGAUAUAUGUAAAUUAUUGAA